CGCGCUUACAGCUCUUCGAUGGAGGAGGUGGUAGCCAUGUUGUAGCAGGGAGAACAGUGCGUAAACAAACCGUGGACGUCUUACCAACAAUUAGUUGGUCUUAAUCGACGCAAAGUUUGUUCAACGCGUCAGUUUUGUUGUCUAGUAACUCUUCUAAGUUUUAGGAGACACCAUGAGCGGUGGGACGCCUUAUCUUGGCAGCAAAAUCAGCCUAAUUUCGAAGGCCGAGAUUCGCUAUGAAGGAAUCCUGUACACCAUCGACACCGAGAACUCCACCGUCGCUCUAGCGAAAGUUCGUUCUUUUGGCACUGAGGACCGACCCACUGACAGACCCAUCCCUCCCCGAGAUGACACGUUUGAGUACAUCAUCUUCAGAGGCAGUGACAUCAAGGAUCUGACUGUGUGUGAGCCACCAAAACCAACAUGCUCCCUGCCUCAGGACCCUGCUAUUGUCCAGUCGUCCAUGGGCUCCAGUUCUUCUGCUGCCCCUACCCCCUUUCAGUCUGCUGGCUCAUAUGGACUCUUUAACCGUGCUGCAGCUCCUGCCUACAACCAGUUCACCACCAGUCCCCUGGUUUCCCCUCAGUUUGGAGCUGUUAGUAUCGGUCGUUCAAGCCCCAUCCUGGACACUUUAAGCAAGAGUCCCACUCUAGAGCAAGUGCUGCAGACUGCUCCGUCCACCACCACAACCGCCACAGCUCCAGCUCCCGGCUUGGGACGCAGGAGCCCCGCACAGAGCCGCCUGGCCACCUCCAGCACCAAUCACAGCAGCCAGAAAACCCAGAACCAAGAUGGCAUGGACACGCGGAGGGGUGAGACUGUCAGGGGAGGCCGCAGCAGCAGCCAGGGCUGGUCUGCACCCCGAACCAUCACUGCUAUCGAUAGGGCUUCUGCCGCAGGUCUUCCCCACUCUGUCUUUAGUCACUCAGGCACGGAUGUCCAGAAAGUCCCCAAACCAGAGUCUGAACAGACACGAUGUGAAGGCAGGGAUACCAGUAAACGUUCCACAGUCAUUGCAGGUGUGCCAGCUAAUCGGCGUGGUCGAGGGGGAGGACACCGUGGCAGAGGGCGCUUCAACAUGCGCAGAGAUGGACCCAUGAAGUUUGAGAAAGAUUUUGACUUUGAGAGCGCCAAUGCCCAGUUCAACAAGGAUGAGAUUGACAAAGAGUUUCAGAGCAAGUUGAAAUUGAAAGAUGAGAAGUCUGACAAAGUGGUGAAUGGAGAGGAUAAAGGCGACUCUGGGGUGGAAACUCAGAACAGUGAGGGCAACGCCGAAGACGAAUGUGACCCACUUGGCCCCAACUGCUAUUAUGACAAGUCCAAGUCCUUCUUUGACAACAUCUCCUGUGACGACUCCAGGAAAGCAAAUGACAAGUCUGGUGUCUCCGGCUUCCCACAGGACCGGAGGCAGACCUGGGCCGAGGAAAGGAGGAUGAACGCGGAAACGUUCGGCAUCCCCCUGCGCCAGGGCAGAGGUCGUGGAGGUUACCGUGGACGGGGUGGGAUGGGCUACCGUGGCGGUCGGGGCCGUGCUGCUAGCAGAGGGUCCUUUGGGCCUCCGCAAGGCUUCAGAGGAGGUUACAGAGGAAACCACGCUGGCAGAGAGUUCUCAGACUUAUCAGUUUACAGGAAGGACAACAAAGUGGCAGCGUAGCUUCAAAGGAUGACGAUUCUGCAGAACGGAGGAACAGCUUCACAGUGGGAACCAAACAGUUCUGACUGAAACUAAUGAAGACGUCUACUACUUGUCUAUUUGUCACCAGCACUGGUAGACUGCUUGAACGCUACUUACGUUUCCUUUCCCUGGUUGAGACGACAACACAGUUUAUCAGAACAACAUUUAAAAGUACAAAAUAAUUUCCAGGUGGCUUGAAAUAAUGUGUAAAUGUUGUAUUCUAGAGGGAUGUUUUUGUUUUGCCAUGAAUUCUCUGCCUCGCCCUGUAUCUGACUUACUGUGAUGUCACUGACGUAGCUUUAUGGGCGAGGUGGGCUAAGUCGCACUGUUUUCACUUGUAUUUUUCUACAACACUUGCUCUCUGCAGUGUUCUCUCAGUUUCUGCUUGUGUGUAGAUUUGAUGCUGUCGAACCCAUUUCUUCUAAUGCUGAAAGAAAAUUUACAGCUAUUAUAAAUAGGGUUUCAUCUGUUGCUGCUCAAGAAAAAAUGCCCUAAAUUUGGUUGUUCUCCGUUCAAAGGAAACUCCGUAAUCCUAAAGAUUCAUGGAAAGGCAACUGGUGGAUGAAGUGAAUAGAAUCGGUCUACCCUUUCAUUCUAACGGCGUUGGAGCAUGUGUACGGACUCAGAACUAGGAUCUGUCUCAACAAAGUGCAAUUGAGUUUUGUGGUUGUUUGGUUUAACUACAGUGUAACCAACACGGAUUUAAAAGUCAGUGAAAAAUAUAUGAACUGGUUUCAGGUUUCAGCAUGUGGGAGGUUUGAAAUGCCUAAACUACUACAGACUCAUGUAAAAUCUUAGACUAAGGAGAAACGUUCAAUAUAUUUGUCCUUUAAACUUUGCAAAUUCAUGACGUGCAUCUAAAUUGCGCGUUACUGAUCAUCUGUGACACAGUGUCUGUGAAAGCAGACGUCUGCAGGAAGCAGGUUGACUCCAGUCCCAGAUGCUACAAGUGUGACAGAUUUGAUCUAAGCAGUUUGUCUGUAGACGGAUCAUUGAACUCUUUAUUAUUUGGACAUUUGAAAUCCGCUGUAGUUGAUAACUGCACUUUUGUAAGAAGCUGUUUAAGGUAGUAUUCGUCAGGCUAUCAUUUGGCUUCUCUCCACCUGUUACAAACUCCACAUUAAAACCAUCUGACCUUUGCUGACAAA